UUUGAGGAAAAGAGAGAGACAGUGUGACAAGAGGGCAGGGCUGUGAGAGACACACACAUAGAGAGAGAGAGAUGAGAGGUUAGGAGUCGCUAGUUGGCAAGAUAAUCAGAGACAGGCCACUGAUUCAGGGCUUGUUGCACACAGCUGGUGUGACGGCUGAAGAGGCUGUAGGCUAACACUGAUUGGACGGACAGUGACAAUGUGCAACGAGUGGGGGACUUAAUAUACUGGAUGUACAUUAUCAACUCCAUAACCCAAAUAUCACACUGGAGAUAUGAAGUGGAGGACAAGUUGUUGAACUGCAGCAGAGUGGAAUAUCAGCAUGGAUGUUGCUUCUGAGGGACAUUUGGAGAUAACUAAUGACUGAGCGGCUGUGGACUGUGGAUGUAGCAUCUAAUACUACUGGGUGAACAGUAAUUUUUUCACAUUCUACAUUUGUCUACAGAUGUUUUCUGAAUGACAUAACAUUUUGCAUCAUAAGAAACACUUCAUUUUGUAUGGAUCGCUCCUUUUUUCUUUCAGCUUUUGCUCCAGAAGUGAAGAUAUGGACAUCUCACAUCUUCAUAAAGUGAACCUCCUCCCUUAUAUUUAGCACAUAGUACUAAAUGGAUGGUUUAUGACAAGAAGAACAAGAGCUCCAGUCAGUAAAGUGAAUUUUGAUCCAUCUAGACCCCAGUGUAGCAUGAUCUAAAGAACAUAACACAAAUCUCCCCUGCAUCUCUUGUGCAAAUGAUACUACUAUGGAGGCAAGACUGAAGCAAAGCAAAGUUUACAGACUGGUAAACCCAGUGCAUCCUGCAAGGCUGGCAGUCCUGAUGAGGUGUUUGAACCAUGUGGUCCACUGAGAGCAUGGAGCCAGAGAAAGCACACACCCAGAGCAGCUUCUUCAGCAAGGUGGAUGUGCCUGACCAUGCUCACUACAUCGUCGCCUUAUUCGUCUUUGUCAUCGGGACGCUGGGCAUCACUGGCAAUGCGCUAGUUAUGUUCGCCUUCUAUAGUAACAAGAAGCUCCGUAACCUGCCUAACUACUUCAUCAUGAACCUGGCGGUCAGUGACUUCCUCAUGGCUUUCACACAGUCCCCCAUCUUCUUCAUCAACUGUCUCUACAAGGAAUGGGUGUUUGGAGAAAUGGGCUGUAAGAUGUACGCAUUUUGUGGUGCCUUGUUUGGCAUCACUUCCAUGAUCAACCUACUGGCCAUCUCUAUCGACCGUUACAUGGUUAUCACCAAGCCUCUGCAGGCCAUGCACUGGGGCUCCAAGCGAAGAACCGCCCUGGCCAUCGUCAUGGUCUGGCUUUACUCUUUGGCUUGGAGUCUGGCUCCUCUUGUUGGCUGGAGCUCCUAUAUCCCGGAGGGCCUGAUGACAUCUUGCACAUGGGAUUACGUCACGUACACAUUGGCCAAUAGGAGCUACACUAUGAUGCUGUGCUGUUUUGUUUUCUUCAUUCCACUGGGAAUCAUCUUUUACUGCUAUCUCUUUAUGUUUCUGGCCAUACGCAAGACUGGCAGGGAGGUCGAGCGUCUGGGCACUCAGGUGAGGAAAUCCACCCUGAUCCAGCAGAAGUCUCUGAGGAGCGAGUGGAAGUUGGCGAAGAUCGCAUUUGUCGUCAUUGUGGUUUAUGUCCUCUCCUGGUCACCGUAUGCCUGUGUCACACUGAUUUCCUGGGCAGGGCAUGCAAACAUCCUGUCACCAUACUCCAAGGCUGUCCCUGCAAUCAUAGCAAAAGCCUCCACCAUCUACAACCCUUUCAUCUAUGCUAUCAUACACAACAAAUACAGGAUGACUCUGGCAGAGAAGUUUCCCUGCUUGUGGUUUCUGUCUCCCACUCCUCGGAAGGAGUGCAUCUCCUCCUCCAUCAGCGAGUCCUCGUACAGGGACUCCAUCAUUAGCAGACAGUCCACAGCAUCAAGGACUCACUUCAUUUCAGCUUCCUCUGACAUGGUAUUAAGGGAUGUAGAGAUGGAGCCUUUGGGAAGGAAGUCAGGUGCUUCCUUCAGAAGCCUGCCAUCAUACAGACAGUCUUCGAGAGGCAGGUCCUAUAAGAAACAAUUAGAGUGGAGGACCACCAAGACUCAGCUAGCAGAGAAGCACCCGUCCACCAUGAAUGAAUCAUUGAACAACCGUGACCAUGAACUGGUUUCCACCUCCCUCACAGUCGCCACUCUCCCCCUACUGGUCCUCACCAGGAAGCGCAGCCAGAGUCUGACCAAUGAGAUUUCAGAUGCACGGGAGAAGAAAGGCAGCAUCAGCGACUGCCACAAGAGCGACUCUUUUGACUCUCUGAAUUUUGGAAAAAUCAAGUGCACUGACCCCAGGUCGCCUCAGGGUGUCCCUCGCAUUAUCGUCAUCAGCCCCACGUCUGAGAGCAGCCUCAUCAAGCAUGACAGCGUCUGCUUAGAAGACAGUGUCGAGGCGAUGGAGAACAAUGUUUUUGUCAGCCUGAACUUCUCAUCUGAAGUCUUUGAGGCGGUGGAGCUUCUCUCUUGACCAACUGCUCGCUGAACAAUAAUAACCCUCGUAUUUUUUUUCCACUGAAGCUAUAUUAUUAACUAUAUUUGUCACCACAGACCACACAAUGCUCUUCUCUCCAGGCUGUGGACAAAAUAAUCAUCCACUGAACUGAACCAUUUACAAUCUGUUUCUGCUUGUUGACUCAUCCUGUAGAUCCAUGCCACUCUGUUGCUUAGAUAACUGGAGUGCAGAAGAAACGUUGGUAUGUAAAAUGAAACAGCAUGACCUGGUUGUGGUAUGCAGUGUGCAGUAUUUGUCAGAUUUUGGCAGGGGCAGGUGCACCCUGAGGAGCAGCAUGGACUGCAGCAUAUUUUUGUUAGAUCCCUCAAAAAUGACAGUGUAACAACGUAUUCUCAUGAUUUGGGGGCCAAGCUUGACAUGCUGGAUCCUUAGUUUAGCUACUCAAGCCAAAGAUUUUGAAACUGUGAUGUGAAGUUUUGAACUGAAAUGUUUAUAUUGUAAUUCAUUUAGGCACUUCAUGGAUUUUCUGCAGGAGACUUGAAGAGAAGACAUUUGCAUCUGAAACCAGACCAGUUCAAAGAAAGAACAAUGGUUUAUUAUCCACCUUAAUGGGGAAAAAUGUGACCCAAAAAAAGCAAGAUUUCUGCUCAUUCUUAGUCCUAAAACAACUGUAAGCAAGGACAGCCAUUGUAGGUUGCGAGGAUGUUUUUAUAAAGUAUAUAUAUUCAGUUCUCGUCUCGUGGUAGCAGCCUAGUUCCUCUGGACAGUGUGGGCCUCUCCAGCUUUUUAUUAGCAGUGAGACAGCGGUGUAAUGAAAGCGUGGGGCUGUUCAUACUGGUCAGGAGGCUGAGGCGGAGUUAAAUGUGUCUCAUAAAACAAUGAACUUUUAAAAUUUUCUUUGUGGUGACUUUAUUAUGUCUCAUGUAUUGUGUGGACACUGUGAUUUGUUCCACUGUUCCCCUGGACUAUUCCUACUCAUAUAAACAAAAACAAACUUUAUUGUACUGCUUUUGUUGCUUGUGAAUGCUGCAGUGUUGUUUCCAGUGAUCAGAGUGAGUGUGAUUUAAAUGUAUUCAGUUUAUAUUCAGUACACGCAUGACCAAAGAUGUUUGGUGAAAACUGUGUUCAUUUUAUUAUUAUUAUUUUUGGAUGGUUAAUUUAUGGCGCUUUCUGAAUUACUCCAGUCGAUGAAUGUUGUCUCCUCUUGCUCUUAAAGUGGAGAUGAAACACUGAACAGUAUAACUGUGGUUUGUUUGAUUUUUAUUUAAGGGAAGAUAUGACACUAAAAUGAACUUGACAUCCACCUAGAUUUUCCAGAAAAGUAGAUAGUAUUUCACUUUUUCACCAGCAAGGCAUUUUUCAACAAGCCAUAAUUGGUGAUGUCACGAGAAUGGUUGUUUAAUGGGAGCACAUGAUUUCUGCGGGCUGUUUUCAUUAUUGCUGUGACCUGACGUGCCUGAUUUCACAGCAGCUUUUCUUAUAAAAUUGCAAGGCAUGUUUUUGAAAUUUUUUUUUUUUUUUUUAAUUGCAAAAAUUGUUUUGCUGCUGUCUCACAUUCAGAGCAUAUUGUUAUGAGCAUUCAGUGUUUCCCACAGAAUUAGAAUCUGUUUAUAAUAGUUUGGGGGGUUUGGGAUGUUGUUGCCGCUGUUCGACGCUGCUGUUCAACACAGUGCUGAAGGACUUUGCCCACGAAAGGCUCUCCUCCUGCACUCUCUGCAUUGUUAGCACAAGUUGGCGCAGCACACUGUGAUCUCAUUACUACUCGUCAUAUUUUCCUGCUUGGGCCAAGACUCUGCAGCAGCUAACAGCUGACACUGAGCUGUUAGCAGCAACUCAACCAACCAACCGCAAAACAGCUGUCAACCUCUUAAUAACCAUUUGGUAACGUUAGCUGUGUGAUGCUAACAGUUAGCCCUGCCACUGUGUGACUGUGACUUAAGUCACAAAGCUCUGGUCUCGCAGUAGUAGCAAAAUGAUAUUUUACCGCUUUUAAAUAGUCAAAUUUGCGGUAAAGUUGCGGUGACUGCGAAAUUGCAAGGUUGCGCAUAAUUCAGGGGGAUUGGCUGAAUUUGCAUUACUUGUUGCGUUCACAACAUUGCAAAAUCCUUGAGUACAACACUGUACUUCAGACUAGUUAAGUGUUGAUACAGUGGAGUUUAAUGAAGAGUUGCUUGAACUUUGAAAAAAAAAGAUUGUAUUACGUACUGUAAGAAGAACUGUUGGGCUUGAGGGCCACUUGAACCUAUCCACUUGUGCGUGUUAGGCUAGAUAGCCGGUGAUGCUUGUUUGGUUUUGCGUUCGUGUGCCCAUCCUCUUCUCAGUGUACAUGAUAAACCUUGACGUGGAGGCACCAACAAAAUCUUUGCACUGGCCAUGAAAAAUGUAAAAUCCGAGAGCAAAACAGCCAUCAAGAUCCAAAACAUAUUUUACAGUGCCAAGUUUACCAAGCCGAGCUCAACAUCUCUCACGGGCAAAUAAGCGGACAACAACCUUUUUUUUUGUUGUUGUUAAUAUUAUUUUUGAGGCUUUUUUUGCCUUGACUGACAGGACAGUUUCAAGCAUGAAGAAGGGAAAGACAGCAUGGGCUGGAAUCAAGCCCUACAGCUGCUGUGGCAGGGACAUUCCCUUUGUGAAUGGGACACCCACUCUGCCCACUGAGCUACUGGACGCCCUGAACCAUUCUUGUGACAUAAUUUACUAACUUGUUGAAAGACAGCUGUGUCCUGGUGCAAAACACGAAAUAUUGUCCAGUUUUACCCUCUUUAACUAGCUAAUAUUUUUCUAUUCCUAACAAGUGUAAUCAUUCCAGACUAAUUUGCAGUAGCCUACACAGCAGCAAAUACUGCAAGUUAAAAGAAAAAGUAGCUCUUAAUUCACAGUUAUGUUCAACCUUUGGUGUGAUGUCGGUGUCAUCUGUGUUUUAACAUUUGAUACUCGUGCAUCUCUUGGUUUUAUAACAAUAUGAGGCAACGAUGUUGAGGAAAAGUUGGAGGAGCAGUUUUCAUGUUAGUUCAUGUGCUGAUUAAACUUUCUGAAUCAACCUUUUGUCACAUUUUCAUCAAUCUGAGGAGAGUAGACACGAUUACACAGAUAUUUCACUGAUUACAAAACCCCAGAUUACAUUUAAUAACAAAAGACUUUAGCACAUUUGAUGCCAACGUUUACUCAAUUCUUUAUUUCUUCCACAUGGUGUAUGGUGAAACAAAGAGAUUCUGGUUAUGCCCAAUUGACUGUGGUUGAGGUGAAGUACACUUCCACAUUAAACAAUUCAGAGACAGUCCUUGUGAGAUAAAUAUUUGUACUAGGUGAUUACUUAGUGAUUAUUUCUCUUCUCUUCAUGCAGAAAACAGAUCAGCCAAAACCACUGGCCUGAUAUUUUGUGUACCUGCUUAAUGACAUUUAGUAAUACAGUGUUCUAUAUUUAGUUUAAGUCUGCAGCACAUGAGCGGUGAGAGGACAAGAUGAUUCAUACUGAUGAAACUGAGUGUUUGAUUUUGAUCUAUCUACCUAUUUAUCUUCAUGUUGUCAUCUAGCAAAACUGUAAAUCAGUGUAUGUGGAAAUAAAGGAGAGUAUGAAGGUAAGAGAGCAUGUUACAAAAUUUUGGGGCUGAAGUUGAACGCACAGUGAUCCAUCAUCAGUGAAUGACAGUUGGUGCAGCUGUAAGUGCCAUAUGGACAGGCAGGGACGAGAAAAAACUCCUCACAUGGCCCACUGAAGGUCACUUGCAUAAUAAUUUUAAUCUCAUACCACAUUAAAGUCCAGUGUGAAAGAGUCAGGG